AAAUGACGUCACGAAAGCCACAGAGUGUUUAUAAAAUAUAAGAGCUAAAUUAGCAAACUUGUAGAGAAACCAUGUUUGACCAACAAGAAUAUGAAGCUCAGCAGCUUGAGGCACUGAAAGAAAAUCUUGCUAAUGUAAUACAAACUCAAGAUACAUCUGGUCAAUCAAAACAACCAAUGACAGAAACUGGAGAUGAAAAGACAAAAUCAAGUUUAUGUCCCUCUGGCUUAAAAUUGAGGACAGAAGACAAGCAGCAGGUUGAAGAACAUGCCAGUGAAGUAAAUCCAAUUGAAGAUGAAAAGAAGAAGCUUUGGAAUGAAAUUGAUGAAAAAAAAGCAAAGCAAAUGUUGGCAUUAUCCAGCAACUAUGAGAAUGUAAUUCUACCAAGUACAGGUGUGAACAGGGACCAAUAUCAUCAUGCUUACACUUCUCCUGAUCAGGCAACAUCAAGACUAUGUCUUCCUGGCCCAAAUAUAAAAGUAUGGACAGAUGAUGAGCAGCAGGUUGAAGCAUGUGCUAGUGAAGUAAAUACAAAUGAAGAUGAAAAGAAGAAGCUUUGGAAUGAAAUUGAUGAAAAAAAAGCAAAGCAAAUGUUGGCAUUAUCCAGCAACUAUGAGAAUGUAAUUCUACCAAGUACAGGUGUGAACAGGGACCAAUAUCAUCAUGCUUACACUUCUCCUGAUCAGAACCUGCAACUACUGACCCCAAGGUACCCAUUUUCCAAUAUGUUCGCCAGCAGCCAGCAUAUACAUCAAAAGUUGGCAUUAUUCGACAACUGUAAGCAUGUACUUCCACCAAGAAGAGGUGUAUAUCCAAGCUAUCAUGAGAACAACCCAAAGGAAUUUCUACCAAUAAGACUUAAAUAUUCAGUCCAUCCUGUGAACAGGGACCAAUAUCAUCAUACUGACACUUCUCUUGACCAGAAUAUCUUACAUCAGUUCAAGGAAGAUGCAACAGAAAGGAGAAAAAAGAAAGUUGAAAGCUAUGGACAAAAUGAGCAUCUAAUAGAGCCAAAGCAAGUUACAGAUAAAGAUUUAAUGCAAGAUACAUUGAAUGAAUGUGUUAAACCAUCAACAAAUUUUCCAGAUUUCUCAACAAAUGCAAAACAGGAUAACACUACUUCUUCAACUACACCAUCUCUAAACAAUAAAAGCAUGUAUUCUGCUGCAAAUCCCAAACAGGAAAAUACCACUUCCUUACAAAUUCAGGCAGAAGAGACCAAGUCAGUUCCAAAUGAAGAAAGUGAGUCUUUUACUAUCAAAGGUUGGACAGAGAAAAGACCUGCUCUAGAAAAAGAUGAAGUAUCAAAGGAUUUUAAGACCAAGCCCCCAUCACCAGACAAACUUCCAGAUGAAAAACUUCAUUCUAAAGGGAAACAUCCACCAUGUUACACCAAGUCUAAAUAUGAACACCGCAAUAACAUGACCACCAUGUUUUAUAUCUUAAGUAUCAUUUUCGUAUUUUUCCCUUUAAUUGCAAAUGCUCCUGAUGUACCAGAACCAACAGAUGUUAAUAGUCCAACGGCAGUUGAUGGCACUGACAUAAAUUCAAACAACAAUUAUUAUCCUGUCCACCCACAACCCCCAGUACAAGUUCAAGAUAACGGUGAGGAUAUCCAUCACCAGGCAGGUCAGCAACAAGCGGUAGAUCUUACACAAUACCAUGAUCUUCAUCCUGUUCACCCACAACCCCCAGUACAAGUUCAAGAUAACGGUCAGGAUAUCCAUCACCAGGCAAGCCAGUAAUAAGGGGUAGAUCUAACAUUUUACCACGAUCUUCAUCCUGUUAACUCACAACUCCCAGUAUAAGUUGAGCAUGAAUGUCCAUCACCAGACAGAUUAGCACCUUCAAGGGAAUGACCUUACCUCAUGCACAGAGAAUACUGAUACUUAGAUCAUAACAAUCAUAUUAAUUCAAGAAUUUUGUAUGUUCAUUUUCUUGCAAAUUCAUUUUGUACCCUGAGAACUGGUAUCAAAGUGACCAUUUUCAUCUUUCGAGGAAAUGAAAAGUGCCCAAGACAGGUACAGUGCACCACAGGGGACAUUGUAGUCCUCUGCUAUUUAUAGCAAAGCAUAGCUAUGUGAGGGUGACAUAAAUGUGACUGAACAGUCUUUAAAAGUUGUGUUCAAUGGGGACAUUUUAUAUAAUGUGCAACCAGAAAAACUUUUAGGUGUAUAUAUUAAUGAAAAUCUUAGCUGGAUUGACUGUGUGUAUAAACUUAAAAAAAAAAAAAUUAACAGUAAACUGUACUUUCUAUCCAAACUAAAAUGAGACUUAACAUUGGAAACAAGAAAACUAUUUUAUAAUGCACAUAUGGAUAAUGGAGCAGCUGAGCAGAACUAGAAAAUAUAUAAGAACUACAAAAACAUGGUGCAAGAAUCAUUCUUGAUAUGCUAGAAAAAGAAGCCAAGUAAUAUCCAACAAGUGAACUAUUCAAGAAACUAAAAUGGAUAGAAUUUAAGAAAGCCACAUGAUAAAAGCCUUGUUUUGAUGUAAUCACUUGGAAGCAACACAAUCAACAGGGAUCAUCAGUUGCCAACCAUUUCUAGUAGGCACUCAAUGCAUCUUCAACAGUGUGUUUAACAGUUUUAAUGAAGUAAAAAGCAUGCCUCAGACAUAAUGUUGUGUUCCACUGUGCAAAAACCGUGGAGGGCAUAGAUUUCCUUCCUGCACUAGUAAGGAGAGAGAAGCUGUUAGAAGGCAAUGGAUACUGGCCAUCAAACAAGCCAAUCCCUAGAUGAAGUCCAAUGUGUGAGAGCUGGGUGUGCCAGUCGAGUUGUGUUCUGCUCAUUUCAUGUCUUCCCACCACUUUAUGAAAACAUCAUUGGGUAAACAGAUCAAUCACAAGUGAAGGCUGAAGUCUUCAGCAGUCCCACAAAAAGACAAGGGACCAGCUGCUUGCCACCAGAGACGCAUGAAACAAGCAGCUAGUGUUACUUUCAACCAUUCUUAACAUAAAGAUGUGGAAUCAGAGGAAGCAUCUGUCAAUAUCUUGAUAUUCUACGGAUCCCUGAUGUUAGCAUGAAGUGUGAAAUUGAAACCAGCUCAACAGUGACUACUUCUAAAAGACCAACCUAUCCUUUACUUUCUCCACCAAUGACUAAAACUGCAGUGGACUCUAUUAUUACUGUGCAUCAACUAAUACUCAGCACAGACACAUUUUGUAGUGAUCCACAUGGUAUGCAUAACUACACUGUGUUUGCAACUUGAGAGCUAGUUGUAUAUGAACUGAAUUAUAUGUAUGGAUUUUUACUCAAUGUAUUUUCUUUUGUAGAUUGUAGACAGAUUUUUAUGGUGGU